AGAUGUAGGUUAUAGUAGUAAAAAUGCCACCAGCACAAACUGAUCUACCAUCCCAUGCAUUCCAAGAUGGUACAGUUAUUGGUGUGAAGGAAUUAUUUCAAAGUUAUGAGGACUCUCUAUUGCCAAUAGACCAGCAGCUUCUUAAGUACAAAAAGAAAGACUUGCAUGCCAGUCACUAUCAUAGAACAGCAUGCAGAAUCUUUAGCAAUCGAAAACGGAUUCAUAGAUCUCAUUUUGUUGAUGAUAAUCCUUUUGCAAUAACUUCAACAAAAGAUGAACUCGGUUCUAGAACUAUCUCAUAUCACACACCCAAUGAAGAGGUUGUUCACGUUUCAAGUCCUGACCAGGUUUCCACUCACAAGUCUUGGGUGGAAGAGCGUCGAAAGCUCAGACAUAACUUGAACAAUCUUGGGCUAACGGCAGAAUGGUUGGAAAAAAAACCUGUUCGGAAUUCGGUUGAAAGCCGAGUUCUUGCUGGUUUGGCUGGCAAAGUGAAGAGAACACCUAGCCCAACUUUUGCUCCUGAAUGUCCAUCUGAUAUUUCAACAGUUUUAAAGACAAUCACCAAACAUAUUGCUUCAAUUGAUAAAUUGCCGACCAUAUUUCCAAACUGCAAUCGAACAAAACGAAUUUCAAGACUUAACUGCAAAGAAGGAUUGUUAAAGUUGCAGAGGGUGCCGCGUGUAGUAUUUUGGUAUUUAAACCAUUAA